CACGAGGCGUCCGGCCCUCCUCGUGAGGGAGGCCCACGCCCCGGCCACGUGCCUGCUGUCCUCUCAUGGAGCCCACCCGAGACCAUCCCCUCUUCGGAGGCGCCUUCGUCGCCACUUUGCCGGCCGGGGCAAAGGACGUCAGUGACCUGAGACCGGUCCCCGACAACCAGGAAGUUUUCUGUCACCGCGGGACGGAGCAGAGCCUGAUCCUGGAGCUGCUGGAGCUGCAGGACCACGUGCAAGGAGAGGAGGCCGCAAGGUUCCACUUUGAGGCCGUCGGGGGACUACAAGGGGCCGAGGACGCGGGGCCGGGGCAGGUGGAGUCCGUGCGGCCCCUACCCCUGGACUCUCUGGCCCUGCAGGGCUGCUCCGAGGCGUGGCUCCUUACUGGACGCCAGCGAGUGGCCAAGGAACACGAGGAGGUAGAGAAAGACGUGACCCUGCAUCAAGCCCUGCUUCGCCUGCCCCAGCACGGGACUGACUUGCUACUGACCUUCAACCAGCCCUUCCCCGAAGACGGCUUGACAAUCCCGCUCCCUCAGACCCCUCCAGCCUGGACGCUGCAAGACUUGCAGCUGUUGGUGACCAGCCUCCGGCUCCUGGAUCCCACCAUCUUCGGACCGCAGCGAGGCCCGUGAGGGACCACCCAGCUCUUCACCCCCCCCCACCCCGGGUCGGACCCCCUGGGUCUCGGAGGACCGCGUGGAGAGGUGGGCCUGAGGGGCCGAGGCACCUUUUGGGGCGGCGGUGGGGUGUCCCCCGAGGGAUCGGGAAGCCGAGGGGGCCGAGGCGGGACGUUCGGGAGGAAACGGAGCCCUUGGCUCGUGGCCCCCUUCCUACCCUCCUGGGUCAGACAGACACAGACACCUCAUCUCUGCAGAAAUAAACCUUCCUUUAUUAUA